AUGGACACGGUUCACUUUGUGACCUUCCUCCUGCUCUUGCCCUUUCUUGAGCGUGCGUUAUUGGACAACAGUUCAGUGUAUGUGGGAUCAGUGUUUAUGGAGGAGGCUCUUCACAGGGCCAUUGAGCUGACGGAUGCUGCCUAUGCUCACACCAGCCAAAGGAUGACAAAGUCUCUGUCUGACGGUGCUCUGAGACCGACGGAUCUGUUGGCUCAGUUCAAAAAGACAGAGACCAGAACUAAGACUCACAUUCGGGCUGCAGAGCUGCUGGACAACACAGUGGAGCUGAUAAGGGAAAUGGUCUACACUCACACUAUGAAUCAGCCCGGCAAUCACGGUAUUCAACAUCUGCUGAGUGAAGCAGAAGUCAAGACUGUACUGCAGGCCACCGGCUGCUUGGCUUUGUUGCACACACCCCACUGUCCCACUGGAUGUCUGUCUGAGCGCUACAGGUCCUUUAGUGGACAUUGCAACAACAGACAACAUCCCAGAUGGGGUUCUGCAAACAUUCCAUAUUCUCGCUGGCUGCCUCCAGAGUAUGAAGACAUGUGGGGGACACCCAGAGGCUGGGACCCAGACCAUACAUACCACAACUUUAGCCUGCCUCAUGUUCGCCUGGUGUCUCAGGAGGUUCUCUUCACGCACAAUGACAAUAUCUCACUAGACUCUACUCUGUCCCACCUGCUGGUCGAGUGGGGCCAGUGGAUAGACCAUGACUUGGUGCUGACCCCCCAAAGCACCAGCACAACAGCCUUCCGAACCGGAGUAGACUGCACCCGCACUUGCAGCCGAGAAACACCCUGUUUCCCCAUUCAGAUUCCACAGUCCGAUCCCCGACAUGGCACGCAGAGUUGCAUGCCUUUCUUCCGCUCUGCUCCAAGCUGCGUGGAUAGUAUUCUCCUCCAUCAGCGACGUGAGCAGCUUAACGCUAUCACCUCCUUUGUGGAUGCCAGUAUGGUGUACGGCAGCUCCGACAGCCAGGCGGCGGCGCUGCGUGACCACUCGUCACUUCUUGGCUCAAUGGCGUGUAACUCACAGCAUUCAGACGGGGAGCUGGCCUACAUGCCCUUCCUGCCACGCCAACAGGCUCACUUGGACCCCUGCGGCCCUCGAGAGCAAUCUACGCCUCAACACAAUGACACUUCUUGCUUCCAGGCUGGUGAUUCAAGAGCAAAUGAGCACCUGGGCAUGGUAGUCUUGCACACGCUCUUUCUGCGAGAACACAACAGUUUGGUCAAAAGACUUCACAGACUCAACCCCCACUGGAGUCCAGACACCCUCUAUCAGGAGGCCCGAAAGAUCAUCGGAGCCACGCACCAGAUCAUAACAUGGGAGCAUUACCUGCCACGUGUCCUCGGAGAGACCGCCAUGUCCAAGCAUAUGUCGUCCUACAAGGGUUAUGACAAUAACACGGAUCCCAGCAUAGCCAACGUAUUUGCCACUGCCGCUUUUCGCUUUGCUCACGUUACCGUGCAGCCGGUUGUGUCCAGACUGGGGCCAGGGUACACCCCUAACUCCCAGCAUCCAUCACUUCCUCUGCAUCAUUCGCUGUUUGCCUCGUGGAGGGUUGUCCAAGAGGGUGGUAUUGAUCCAGUCCUGCGUGGCCUUUUGUUGUCUCCUGCAAAGCUACAGACCCCAGGUCAGAUGAUGGUGGCGGAGCUAACUGAGCGUUUAUUUCAGGCUCAAGGAGGGAUGCCUCUGGACCUGGGGGCCCUCAACCUUCAGAGGGGCCGGGACCAUGGCCUACCAGGCUACAGUUCAUGGCGGAAGUUCUGUGGGCUCUCUGUGCCCAACACAACAGCCGAACUUGCAGAAAUUCUCAGUAACCCGACACUAGCUCACAAGUUCCAGCAACUGUAUGGGACACCCCACAACAUUGAUGUGUGGUUGGGGGCCAUUUCUGAACCAGCUCUACCCGGUGGCCGAGUGGGACCGCUGCUGUCUUGUCUACUGGCCAGACAGUUCCAAGCCCUUAGAGAUGGAGACAGGUUUUGGUGGGAGAAGGAGGGAAUAUUCACCAGCUCACAGAGGACACACCUCCAUUCCGUGUCUCUAUCCCGAAUCAUUUGUGACAACAGUCACAUCACCCACGUACCCAAAGACCCAUUCUCACGCACAGAGAGCCCUGGGACCAUGCUGGCCUGCUCCAGCCCCCUCAUCCCCCACCUCGACCUCAGCCCGUGGAAGGAACCGCACUCUGGUAAGAAAAACCACAGUCACAGGGGUGUCCAUCAGACUUUGAUGAGCGUCUCACCCUUUCCCCAAGAUCCAAACUGUGGACCCAUACCCAGAAUUCAGUCAGGCUACUCUCUACUGUGCGAGCCUGUGAUCAUGUACGAAUGUCAGCCUGGUUUCAAGCUGCAAGGUUCUCCAACCAUCAGUUGUGAUGUCCACAGUCUGCAGUGGAGCUCACCGCCUCCCACAUGCCAUGAUAUCAAUGAAUGUGAACAACAAAUUCCUGUUUGUCCACAAAAUAUGGAUUGUCUCAACUUGCCAGGUUCCUUUUCCUGCUCAGAGCUUUCCCAACCAUCCACUGUGUCAGUUGUGACUGCAGCCAUAGUCGUGAUAGGUGGUGUGGUCGGAUUACUGAUCAUAAUUAGCCGUUUUAAAGGGUAUUUUCCCAGCAAAGAUGCUCUUGUCUGCGCUGGACAUUGCCAAGGGAAAACUUAAACAACAAUUUAAACAAUGUUGGGAAAUGAAUUAAGCUCUUUUUAGUAGUGGACGGAGGUGGCAGUCUGAGUUGGGAUCAAUUUAAGUCUCAAGUCUCAAUCUCAAGUAAAAAAUGUGGAGAUCCAAGUCACGUCUUGUGUCAGGUUGAGUCAAGUCUAAAGUCAUAGGCUUGAAUCUUUUGAGUCCUUCAACUCAUUAGCACUUUGUAACAAUAUACUGUAUAUAAAAUUUGAAAAACACAAUUUAAAAAUGUUGCAUUUUUUAUUUUUGUGGAAUAAGACCAGUGUGGUAAGACUUAAAGGGGAACUAUUGUGCUCAUUUUCUGUCCCUUUGUAUUGAGUUGUGGACUCCUGUAGAGCAGCUACACACAAUAGCCAGCACAGAAAAUGGUCUGUUUUCUGGAAUUGUAAACAAAUGUGGCUUUCCCUUACGAAGCAAUGCUAGCAAACAGCUUGGCGAUUGGUAGGUGGGAGAGCAGAGCUUGGGGGAGGGCAAAGAGCUUGUCUAGCUUACAGCCAUGCCCGUAUAAAGAGGUCCGCUCCUCUGUGACAUCACAAAGGUGCAGUUUUACCACACCUUCUGAAAUUUAGUGUUUUGAUCCAUCCCAAACUUCUUUCAGGGCUCACUUCCAAAUGCGCAAACCUCAUUAACUGAAAUUUUGGCAUAAUUUAAAAGGGGACCCAUAAUGCUUUUUCCACUUUUCUGACCUAUUAAAGCAGUUAGAAUAUUGUAUUUUCUUGUUAAACAAAUAAGUUUAGGAUAGCUCAAAAUGCUCGGUUUCAAAAGGCGCGGUAAAACUGCCCCUUUGUGAUGUAAAAAAUACAACAUUCUUACUAUUAGACUAAGAAAUUUGAAAAAAGCAUAAUGGGUCUCCUUUAACUCGGAAGAAAGUGCUGGUAUAGGAUUUAUGUAAUCCACACGAUUGUUUGUUCUUAAACCUACAGUAACUGGAUGUUAAUAGAUACAUUCAAUGAGUCAGAUUCAAAGAGAAAAUAUGUUGUUGAAAAUUACAAUCACAAUGAUCACGAAUUGAAUACUUUGAAUGGGGGCGCAUUUAACGGAACACAUUCACUGAAAAGCUCAAGUAUUUACAUGUCGUCAGACCACAAUCCCACUUAAGCCCCACAUCAAUGAUGUCAAGAUCCGAAUCAAAUUGCAAAUCUUCGAUGAUAUUGUCCCGAUGAGUCCGAAGUCAUAAUUGCGAAUGUAAUGGAAACCGUAACAAGAACCAGCAUGUUGAUAUUUCUAGUUCAAAAUGAGUAUCAAAGAACAAGGUCAUGUUAUGUCCUUUGUGCUGUGUAUUAUGUCACCAACCCGUCUCACUGUACUACAAAUUAAUAUGACUUACUGAAACUGAGGUCUACUACAAGCUGUAUUGUGAGGUCUGUGAAGAAUGAACAAGCUUAGAAAGGUAUUUUCAAGCCGGAAACCACAGGCUUACAGGAAUGUCCGAAUGCUCCGAAAACACAUUUUCAUUCCAUAAAGCCCUGUGAGUUGGAUAUGGCCUCAAUGUUUGUUCAGUAUCCCGGUGUUGAAUUCCUUUAUACAAACCUGUAAAACAACAUGGGUGUGUCUUUGUGUUUUAUGUCACUGUACACAGGCCAUUCACGGUGUUGACGUCAAGGUCACUGGAAAAUAUUUACCAAGAAGUAACACGAUUUAUGA